UAUAUAUAUAUAUGAGCUAAAAAUGGGUAUCAAGCUUUUAAAUCGACAUACAAUUCCUUGGUGCUUGCACUUGUUGGGCCACCAUAUCUCGUGCCUCCACCUCCAGCCUGAACCCGUUGGUACAGUCAAGGUAAUGAACACUGACGGGCUUGUCAAGAUCUAUGACCGUCCCAUCCAUGUUUCAGAGCUCAUGACCGAGUUCCCUAAGCACAUGGUUUGCCGUUCUGAUUCGUUUUACAUAGGCCAGAAGAUCCCAGCUCUCUCCAAAGACGACAAGCUCCAGCUUGGCCACAACUACUUUCUUCUUCCUAAACAAUUUUUCCAGUCAGUUUUAUCAUUCGUUACCAUUGCUUCCUUUGCCAACGCUCGAUCUCCACAGUCUCCGCUUCCAUGUUCAUCUGUUCAGGAAUCAAGAAAUGCGAUGUUGAAGAAGGCCUCCGCUUGCCAACCUUUCCACAUUCAAAAGAGUUCAUCCGGGUGUUUAAGAAUACGCGUUUCUGAUGAAUUUAUUUGGCAGUUGAUGGAAGAAGGUGGAAUGAAAGAGGAUGUUGAUGAAAGUUGGAGUAAAGUAUGCACCACCCCUCAGUUGCAGAAGCAAUACUCACAGCUUGUUUGUUCACGCCAUUGGAAACCCAAGCUGGAGACAAUUAAGGAGAUGGAGAAGAGGAAGAUUUCGUCUUUCGGGAUGAAGAGGAAGAAGAAAUCACAGUUGAAGAACAGCUUAAAGACUCAUAGAUCAUCUGAACACCACGUUGAUAUUUGUAAUUGGGUUGGCAGCGUUGAACUCUAUCCUGUUGGGUCUUCGCAGAUGCCGAAGAGUAGCUGAGCUGGCAAGCAUGCGUACUUUGUUAGAGAAUCGAGAGAAUCUGAUAUUCCAAUGCAACUUAGUUUAUGCAUGACCUAUAAAAUGACAAACUAGCAGUCAAACUAAGUCAGGUUUUUUUUUAAUACUAAAAGAAUCCAGUCAGCUUUCAGAAUCCUUCUUUCUGCCAAUGCAAUUAUAUAUUCAUGGCUGAUGCUUAACGGGGCGCCGUCACCACCUCUCUA